AUGCAGCAGUGGUUUCAGGGUUACGACCCUAAGGUACAUUCCGUGAAACCGCUCCCUCUAGAGAAUCGUGGCUCUGCAUUUUGGUGUUUGGCGAGAAAGAGGGCCUUCGAGGAACCGUAUCGACCGGUGGAAGAUAGCUUUGCGUCCCUUUAUCGCGGGGAGGCCUGCAGCAGCAGUUGACGAGUGGCUGAGGGCACGACUUGGAGGCAUUUCGGUCACCAACAGGACAGGUGAGGGCGGCAGGGCGCGACAGGGAAGGCAGCAGCCCGCAUUCCCUCCACAACGAACGUUUCCCUUACGCAUGCAGUGCUGGAGCAUUCUUGGCGUGUGGUGAGAGCACCGCUCUCGGGGUACUCGGCAGUCUAGAAGAGGGUCGUAGCUCGCGAUUCAGAGGCCACGGUGAGGUCCCCAUGAAGGCGAGCUGCACGAGUGCGUUCACCGAUGGCGACUUUGCAACUCUCUGUGUGUGUGCAGGAGGCCGUGAGUUUGUCGUGAGUGGCGUGGAGCGAUGGCGCGUCGGAGCAGCCGUCUGGCGGCUAAAGCUGGCGGCGCAGUGA